GGAACUUUCUUCCUCUGAGACGGAUGCUGAGUCGGCUGUUCUGCUUCCACGCUGCUUCUGCGCGCGUUCCGGCCGCUGGACUUCAACUUGCGGGCGACGGAAGACGAAGGGAAACUCCUCGGGAUUCUCCUCCGCGCACCGCGCACGCAUCUUCACUCUCCGUGUGACGUGUUCAAGUGCUUCUGCAGAAGGAGAAUUCUGGGGAGAUUUCCAACUCUUUCCAUCGCCAAAGAUGAAGCAGCGCCGCGGACCUGCGCACUGAGACCGGGGGGCUCCCGCUUCAAACUGUCCUGCUUCACCAUGAACCAUGACUAAAGGUGUUGAGGUCUGGUCUCCAUCGUCCUGUGCAGUGAGGCAGUGAGCUGACGGAGGAUACAGCAUGCAUGUGUCCACGUAUCCCAUGAUGCACUCUGCCAGCCCGGGUCUGCUCCUCCUCAGCGUCCUCUUCCUCGCCGACGCCGACUCCCCCCCGCGGUUCACCCGGACCCCGGAGGACCAGACCGGAGUCCAGGGCGGCGUGGCGUCCUUCGUGUGCCAGGCCGCCGGCGAGCCGCAGCCCAAGAUUGUGUGGAACAAGAAAGGCAAGAAAGUCAGCAACCAGAGAUUUGAGGUCAUAGAGUUUGACGACGGGUCCGGCUCGGUCCUGAGGAUCCAGCCCGUGCGGACCCCGAGAGACGAGGCUAUUUACGAAUGCCACGCCUCCAACUCGGCAGGGGAGCUCACCGCCUCCACCAGACUAAGUGUGCUCAGAGAGGACCAGCUGCCUUCGGGCUUCCCCACCAUAGACAUGGGGCCCCAGCUGAAGGUGGUGGAGCGCUCUCGGACCGCCACCAUGUUGUGCGCGGCCAGCGGAAACCCCGACCCGGAGAUAAGUUGGUUCAAGGACUUCCUGCCCGUCAACACCUCCAGCAACAACGGACGAAUCAAGCAGCUGCGCUCAGAGUCCUUUGGUGGCACGCCCAUACGAGGUGCACUACAGAUCGAGAUGAGCGAAGAGUCGGACCAGGGCAAGUAUGAGUGCGUUGCCACCAACAGCGACGGCACUCGCUAUUCCACGCCUGCAAACCUCUACGUCCGAGUCCGCCGCGUGCCCCCGCGCUUCUCCAUCCCGCCGGCGGACAGCGAGAUCAUGCCGGGCGGGAACGUCAACAUCACCUGCGUGGCGGUGGGCUCCCCCAUGCCCUACGUGAAGUGGAUGCUGGGAGCCGAGGACCUCACCCCCGAGGACGACAUGCCCAUCGGCCGCAACGUCCUGGAGCUGACGGACGUGCGGCAGUCCAACAAUUACACCUGCGUCGCCAUGUCCACGCUCGGCGUCAUCGAGGCGGUGGCGCAGAUCACCGUGAAAGCUCUGCCCAAGGCUCCUGGCACCCCGGUGGUGACGGAAAGAACUGCAACGAGCAUCACUCUCACCUGGGACUCGGGCAACCCUGAGCCGGUCUCCUAUUACAUCAUCCAGCACCGAUCCAGAGGCUCUGAGGACGCCUACAAGGAGAUCGAUGGCAUCGCCACCACGCGCUACAGCGUGGGCGGCCUCAGCCCCUACUCACAUUACGACUUCCGCGUGGCGGCCGUCAACACCAUCGGCCAAGGACCCUCCAGCGAGGCGGUGGAGGCUCGCACGGCCGAGCAGGCGCCCUCCUCGCCCCCCCGGCAGGUCAGAGGUCGCAUGCUGAGCACCACCACCGCCAUCAUCCACUGGGACGAGCCCGAGGAACCCAACGGGCAGGUGGUGGGCUACAGGGUCUACUACACGGCGGACAACUCUCUGCCGGUCAACCAGUGGGAGAAGCAGAUGGUGCGCAGCGCCAACUUCAUCACCAUCCAGGGUCUGACCCCCAACAAGACCUACUACAUCCGCGUGCUGGCCUUCACCUCGGUGGGAGACGGCCCCCUGUCCCAGGACCUGCAGAUCAUCGCCAAGACCGGCGUUCCAUCCCAGCCUUCAGAGUUCAAGGGGGAGGCCAAGUCGGAGACCAGCAUCCUGUUGUCCUGGGUGGCCCCUCCCCAGGGGGGCCCCGACAACCAGAUCACAGGAUAUGAACUGGUCUAUCGGCGAGCGGACGACAGCGAGGAGAAGAAGGUGAACUUUGAGCCCACCACCUCCUACUUGCUGAAAAACCUCAAGCCUUUCUCCGCCUACGCCUUCCAGCUGGCGGCCAGGAGCAAACAUGGCGUCGGCGCGUACACCAACGAGGUGUCCAUCGACACGCCUCAGACACUUCCCUCAGCGCCUCCCCAGGACGUAACGUGCACCAGCCCCACUUCUACCAGCGUCCUGGUAAGUUGGGCGCCGCCGCCCGUGGAGUUUCAGAACGGCGUCAUUACGGGAUACACCAUCCAGUACUCCACCACGGGGGGCAACAGAACCUCCGAGAGAAUCGAGCGCAUUCCCCCGGAGAGCACUCCGUAUCUCUUGGAAAGCCUCCAGAAAUGGACCGAGUACGGAAUAACGGUGCGGGCGCGGACGGAAGCCGGCGACGGACCGGAGAGUUUGCAGCUGAUUGUCCGCACCGAGGAAGACGUUCCGAGUGGUCCUCCUCGAGGGGUGGACGCCCAGACCGUGAACGCCUCAGCCAUUAGGGUGAAAUGGCGAGCGCCAGCCCCGGAGCUGCAACACGGUCAGAUCCGGGGCUACCAAGUCCACUAUGUGAGGAUGAACUACGGCGAGCCUCAAGGUCAGCCCUCCAUCAAGGACAUCCUCAUAGAGGACUCGCAGUGGGAAUACGAUCAAUCAGCUCAAUACGAGGCGCUGCUGGGAGGUUUGAAGGCUGACACCUCGUACUCGCUGUCGGUGGGAGCUUACACCGCCAAGGGAGACGGCGCUCGCAGCAAGCCUGUUAGCGUCUGCACCGCCAUGCCAUUGCCCGAAAAGCCCAAACUAACGGUGAGUGCAACUGACUCCGGCACCGCUGUGCUGCACUGGAGCCCACCGCCCGAUCCGCCGACCCCUCUCCUGGGUUACCGCCUCACCUUCGGCCGCGUGGACGUUCUUCCCUUCACGGUGGUUGAGUUCCCCACCAAGGAGAAUCGCUACACAGCCCAGGACAUCCACAAGGGUGCCAAUUAUGUGUUCAGACUGUCCGCCCGCAACAAAAUGGGCUAUGGAGAAGAGGCGGCUAAAGAGGUGGCCACCCCUGAAGAUGCUCCGACUGGAUACCCAGAAAAUAUCAUCUCAGAGGAGAUGUCUGCCAACUCCCUUCGACUGACUUGGAAAGCAGUGCCGCUCAUUGAGCAAAAUGGGAAAAUCACAAAGUACUCGGUGCUGUACAAGGAUGUAAACAGUCGGGGGAAUGCCUCAGAAGUUGUGGUGCCCACUCCAGAGUCGAGUGUUUUGUUGGAGGGUCUGAGUCCUGAUACCGUGUAUCAUGUCAGGGUGUGCGCGUUCACAACUGUCGGGCCCGGUCCGUACAGCCCCGGUGUCCAGUUUCGGACGCAGCGGCUAGACCAAGUUUUUGCCACCAACUUCAAAGUGAAGGCCGCCAUGAAGAACUCCGUGCUGUUGUCCUGGGAGGUCCGAGACAAGAAUCCUACCCAGCCGUUCACUAUCCUGUAUGGAAAGGGUCAGUCCGUGGAGGUGGACGGGAAGCAGUCCCAGAAGCUGAUCACCGGUUUGCAGCCAGACACCCUGUACUCCUUUUUGCUAACCAACCGGGCCAACAGCGCCGGGGGCCUUCAGCAUCGCGUCACAGCCACCACUGCUCCCGACAUCCUGAAAACCAAGCCCGUGGUGGUGGGGAAGACCAACGCCGACGGCAUGGUGACUGUGCAACUUCCAUCUGUGCAGACGGCAGCUAAAGUCAAGGGUUAUUACGUGGUGGUGGUACCCCUGAAGAAGCAACGGGGAGGGAAGUUCCUGAAUCCCUGGGAGGAGCCAGACCAGAUGAACCUGGAUGAGCUGCUGAGGGAGAUUAACAGAACGAGCGCGAGCCGGGCGCUGCGUGUUCGCAGGCAGGCCGGCCUGUCAGAUCCCAGGUCCUACGUCAGCGCCCACUUCAAGACUCUGCCCAUGGAGUUCACGCUGGGCGACGGACGCAACUACGGCGACUUCCGCAAUCCUGCGCUGCUGAACGGCCAGGAGUACGUCUUCUUCGUGCUGGCCCUGCUCGACCUCUCCGAGAACACCAUGUUCUCCACCAGCCCGUACUCGGACCCGGUCACCUCAUCAGACGUGGACCCCCAGCCGAUCGUUGACGAGGAGGAGGGUCUCCUGUGGGUGGUGGGUCCUGUGCUGGCGGUCAUCUUCAUCGUCUGCAUCGUCAUCGCCAUCCUCCUUUUUAAAAGCAAACCUGACAGGAAACGUGCUGAGGCGGAGGGCAGGAAAGGCAGCUUCCCGUGCAGCAAAGCCAUGUCGUCCCACCACCCCACCGACCCCGUGGAGCUGCGCAGGAUCAACUUCCAGACCCCAGGCAUGGCCACGCAUCCUCCGCUCGCCAUCUCGGAGCUGGCGGAGAACAUCGAGCGCCUGAAAGCCAACGACAACCUCAAGUUCUCCCAGGAGUACGAGUCCAUCGACCCGGGUCAGCAGUUCACCUGGGAGAACUCCAACCUGGAGGUGAACAAGCCAAAGAACCGCUACGCCAACGUCAUCGCCUACGACCACUCCAGGGUCAUCCUGUCCGGCAUCGAGGGUGUGCCAGGGAGCGACUACAUCAACGCCAACUACAUCGAUGGCUACCGCCGUCAGAACGCCUACAUCGCCACUCAGGGCUCGCUCCCGGAGACCUUCGGGGACUUCUGGAGGAUGGUGUGGGAGCAGCACACCGCCAACAUCAUCAUGAUGACCAAGCUGGAGGAGAAGUCCAGGGUGAAGUGUGACCAGUACUGGCCCACACGAGGGACAGAAAGCUAUGGUGUGAUGCAGGUCACUCUGCUGGACACAGUGGAGCUGGCCACUUACUCUGUCAGGACCUUUGCUCUCUACAAGAGCGGCUCCAAUGAGAAGCGAGAGGUCCGUCACUUCCAGUUCACGGCCUGGCCAGACCACGGCGUGCCCGAGCAUCCCACCCCGUUCCUGGCCUUCCUGCGUCGGGUGAAGGCCUGCAAUCCUCCAGAUGCUGGACCCAUGAUCGUCCACUGCAGCGCGGGGGUGGGCCGCACGGGCUGCUUCAUCGUGAUCGACGCCAUGGCGGAGCGGAUCAAGCACGAGAAGACGGUGGACGCCUACGGCCACGUCACGCUCAUGCGCUCCCAGAGGAACUACAUGGUCCAGACCGAGGACCAGUACAUCUUCAUCCACGACGCCCUGCUGGAGGCCGUCGCCUGCGGCAACACCGAGGUGCCCGCCCGGAACCUCUACUCCUACAUCCAGAGGCUGACGCAGGUGGAGCCCGGCGAGAACGUCACCGGCAUGGAGCUGGAGUUCAAGCGUCUGGCCAGUGCCAAGGCGCACACCUCGCGCUUCGUGAGCGCCAACCUGCCCUGCAACAAGUUCAAGAACCGGCUGGUCAACAUCAUGCCCUACGAGACCACCCGCGUCUGCCUGCAGCCCAUCAGGGGGGUGGAGGGCUCCGACUACAUCAACGCCAGCUUCAUCGACGGCUACAGGCAGCAGAAGGCCUACAUCGCCACGCAGGGACCGCUGGCCGAGACCACGGAGGACUACUGGCGCAUGCUGUGGGAGCACAACUCUACCAUCGUGGUCAUGCUCACCAAGCUGAGGGAGAUGGGCCGGGAGAAGUGUCACCAGUACUGGCCGGCGGAGCGCUCGGCUCGCUACCAGUACUUUGUGGUGGACCCCAUGGCCGAGUACAACAUGCCUCAGUACAUCCUGCGGGAGUUCAAGGUCACCGACGCCAGGGACGGCCAAUCACGAACUGUUCGUCAAUUCCAGUUCACUGAUUGGCCAGAACAAGGCGUGCCAAAGUCAGGGGAGGGAUUCAUUGACUUCAUUGGUCAAGUGCACAAAACCAAGGAACAGUUUGGCCAGGAUGGACCAAUCACGGUGCACUGCAGCGCCGGCGUGGGUCGGACGGGUGUGUUCAUCACGCUGAGCAUCGUGCUGGAGAGGAUGAGGUACGAGGGCGUGGUAGACAUCUUCCAGACGGUGAAGAUGCUGCGCACGCAGAGACCGGCCACCGUUCAGACCGAGGACCAGUACCAGUUCUGCUACCGGGCCAGCCUGGAGUACCUGGGGAGCUUCGAUCACUAUGCAACAUAAAGCCAGUCCGUCAUAGCACGUCCCACCUAGUCCGGUCUAGGCUGUGAGGAGAGCAGAGUGAAGGUGUUCUUGGCACCUCCAACUGAGCCUUAGCAACCUGCUUGACAACGGCCUCUCCGCCCAAACACCUCCAUCUAGUCCGGUCAGAUCAGAAUCUACUUGUCUUUGUUUCAGUGCUGUUUGAGGGCACUCAGGUGGAGGUGUGGAACUCUUCACCGCCAGCGUAGCAUCACCGACCUUGAUAGGGCGUCACACCACUUUGGUUCUUCUAUGUCUAGACCUCCUCUCCAGGGCCUCCAUCACACGGACCGGACUGGGAGCGCCUGAGGAGUCUGAACACGGUACCAAGGACACCUCCUUUUCAAAUGUGGUUUGGGGGGGACGCCCACUCUUGUUUUCCAGGGACUGAAGAAGAUGUGGGUGUCCCCAGCACCGGGUCCACGUCACGCUUCACCGAGGAGUUCUCCAAGAAGCACCACCCUCACCGCAAACACAAACACUUUUUCUUCACAGAAGGACAACAAGUGAGCUCUCUUCACCUUUGUUUGUGUUUUUUUACGUUUUUGAUGUCAUCAAAGUGUUGUUGUGGUUUUUUACCACCAAAAGUCUUUUGGGAGAAAACAGUUGAGCGUUUUUUUGUUUUUUAUUUGUGAAAACACCACAAUGAGGUCACUCUUCUCGCGUAUUUGCAUGAGCAACUUUGAACGGCACACACCUGACAGGUGCUUGAUGGCCAACACUCCGCUAGGGUUCAGGGUUCCGGGUUGGGGUCAUGGUUACAGUUUAAAGUGUUAGGGUUCAGAGUUCAGGGUUGAGGUCAAGGUUACAGUUCAGUGUUAGGGUUCAGAGUUCAGGGUUGGGGUCAUGGUUACAGUUCAGUGUUAGAGUUCAGGGUUGGGGUCAUGGUUACAGUUCAGUGUUAGAGUUCAGGGUUGGGGUCAUGGUUACAGUUCAGUGUUAGGGUUCAGGGUUGGGGUCAUGGUUACAGUUCAGUGUUAGGGUUCAGGGUUGGGGUCAUGGUUACAGUUCAGUGUUAGGGUUCAGAGUUCAGGGUUGAGGUCAAGGUUACAGUUCAGUGUUAGGGUUCAGAGUUCAGGGUUGGGGUCAUGGUUACAGUUCAGUGUUAGAGUUCAGGGUUGGGGUCAUGGUUACAGUUCAGUGUUAGGGUUCAGGGUUGGGGUCAUGGUUACAGUUCAGUGUUAGGGUUCAGAGUUCAGGGUUGAGGUCAAGGUUACAGUUCAGUGUUAGGGUUCAGAGUUCAGGGUUGGGGUCAUGGUUACAGUUCAGUGUUAGAGUUCAGGGUUGGGGUCAUGGUUACAGUUCAGUGUUAGGGUUCAGGGUUGGGGUCAUGGUUACAGUUCAGUGUUAGGGUUCAGAGUUCAGGGUUGGGGUCAUGGUUACAGUUCAGUGUUAGAGUUCAGGGUUGGGGCCAAGGUUACAGUUCAGUGUUAGGGUUCAGAGUUCAGGGUUGGGGUCAUGGUUACAGUUCAGUGUUAGAGUUCAGGGUUGGGGCCAAGGUUACAGUUCAGUGUUAGGGUUCAGAGUUCAGGGUUGGGGUCAUGGUUACAGUUCAGUGUUAGGGUUCAGAGUUCAGAGUUGGGGUCAAGGUUA